CAUGGCUAGACGCUAGUGUCUAACCAGUAGGCAGUACCUAAUAUAAAAUAUAAUAUUGGCGUUCGCCAUUCAGUAUUCGCUAUUCGGCAAUUUUUAUUCCCGCUAUGAAAAUGUCCAUUUAUAUUUAAAUAUUAUACAUUAUUAUCCCUUCCAUCAAUCAUCAACAUGUUAUACCUCCUCGCGUACCAAUAGAAACAAUUUUUUGUCAGAGUAUGAAAAAAAAACCUUACGACAUCCGAAGGUCAACCACACAAGUGGUCUGGUGGUCGCCUUUUGCUACUUCAAUAAUUAUUAAUAUUCCUGUAUAAAUAGGUAUACAUACAAACUGUUAUGGCGUUUAUUUAACUAUAUUCAGUGUAUUAGUUAGGUAGUUGGCUAAUUAUUAAAUUAUUUUAUAUUGGUUUAUUGUAUUUAAAAUUGUUUCUUGACUGCCUAUAAUUAGUAUUGAAAACAUGAGUCUUACAGACACCGUUGGCAAGUGUGCUGCUAUUGCAACUAUUGGAACAUUCUUUGCUCCUGUUCUUAUAUGUCGAGAUAUAAUAAAAAAUAAAAGCACCAAGAAUGUUGAUCCUACACCUUUUGUUGGAGGUAUGGCAAUGUCCAUCCUUAUGAUCAAAAAUGGAUUACUUAUGAAUGAUCCUAAUAUAAUACCAGUUAACAUUUUUGGAUUUAUAUUAAACUUGAUUUAUUUUUUAGUUUUUUAUUUUUUUACUGCUGAUUCGAAACCAUUAUUUUCAAUGUUAACUAAAGCUACAUUAUUCACUGGUGUUCUAUGGGGAUACUCAACAAUUGAAGAUGAAAAACUAAUUGAAUACCGUUUUGGAGUUAUUCUCACUGUAUUAAUGUUGACACUUAUUGGAGCUCCUUUAUUUUCUUUGAAUGAUAUCAUUAAAAAUAAAGAUGCAUCAAUGCUACCUUUUCCAAUGAUUGCUUCUGGAACUUUUGUUGGAUUCUUGUGGUUAAUAUAUGGAUUGUUAAUAGACAACAUUUUUAUUAAGGUUCAAAACAUUGUAGCUGUUAUAUUAUGUUUGAUACAAUUAGGAUUAAUAUUUAAAUAUCCUAAACCGGAAAGCAAGAAACUUGAUUAAUUAACCUAGUUAUCAAUUUAAUGUAGCAUUUAUUGAUGUGUACUGUGAUUAACUUAUGCAUCCUUUAAUAUUAUAUUAAUAUAAUAUCCUUACAUUUCCAUCUUUUUAAGUACUAUUUUCUGUAUUUAAUUAGUCAUUGACAGCUUUAGAUUCUUAAAUUCCAAAAUGUGAUUAUCAAAGUAAUAAAUAUUAAUUAUGUGCCA